GAAGGGCUUCGUUUUUUCGGCGACGUUGUGUUCCAGUUGCGUGGAGCAUAUAUUUCAGUUGGAGGUCAGUUGGUGCUGAUGGGGGACGAAAAGGACACCUGGAAAGUCAAAACGCUGGAUGAGAUUCUUCAAGAAAAGAAACGCAGAAAAGAGCUGGAAGAAAAGUCAGACCCCAAGCGCCAGAAAAAUACGGAUGAGCGGGACUCCAAACGGGACACGCUGGAGGAAGGCGAGCUACGGGACCACAGGAUGGAAAUAACGAUCCGUAACUCCCCGUACAUGCGGGAAGACUCCACUGAGGACAGAGGGGAAGAGGACGAAUCGCUGGCUAUCAAGCCCCCGCAGCAGAUGGCGAGAAAAGAGAAGUCUCACCACAGGAAGGAGGAGAAGAGAAAGGACAAGAGGCGACACCGCAGUCACUCCACGGAAGGGAAACACAUGCGGUCGAAGGACAAGGAGAAGGAGAAGGAGAGGGAGAACGAGAGGAGGAAGAGGCAGAGGGAGGAGCAGGACAAGGCCAGGAGGGACUGGGAGAGGCAGAAGCGCAGGGAGCUGGCCAGAGCUCACUCACGCAGAGAGAGGCUUCCCCUGUCUGUCCCGGCAUGCAGGGACCGGCUGGAGCAGCAGGAGAGACAGCGGGAGCGGGAGAGGAAGCUGAGGGAGCAGCAGCAGAAGGAGCAGCGUGAGCUGAAGGAGCGGGAGAGGAGGGCGGAGGAGCGGCGGAAAGAGCGCGAGGCGCGCAGGGAAGUCCCCUCCCACCACCGCGGGCUGACGGACGACUACGGGGAGAAGUCCAAACAGAGCCACAGCAGCCGCAGCCCCAUCAGGCCCCCGCGUGAAAAACCAGAGCAGAGCGACCCCCGCAGGAUAGCUGUGAGAGAGGAGAAACCUGAGGACAGGGACCUGCUGUCCGACCUGCAGGACGUCAGCGACAGCGAGAGGAAGACCAGCACGGGCGAGUCCUCCUCAGGAUCAGGGUCUGGCUCCGAGGAAGAGGAGGAGGAGGAAGAAGAGACCAGCAGCCAGAGCGACGGAGAAGAGGAGGAGUCCGGCUCCAACUCGGGAGGCUCGGAGCAGAGUGCAGAUGAAGUCAGCGAAGAGGAGCAGUCUGAGGAGGACUAUGAAGAGGAGAGGGAGAACGGAAACCACAUUCCUGCUGUGCCGGAGUCCCGCUUCGACCACGACACAGAGGAGAGCGUGGAGGAGGAGGAGCCGGAGGAGGUGGAGGAGGGCGAGCCCACGCCCCAGUCCCGCUCCCACUCCGUCACCCCCGACGACAAGUACCUCCCCGACUCGCCCGUCAUGUCCCCUGUGGAGCUGAAGAAGGAGCUGCCCAAAUACCUACCUGCUCUCCAGGGGUGUCGCAGUGUGGAGGAGUUUCAGUGUCUAAACCGAAUAGAAGAAGGGACCUACGGGGUGGUGUACAGAGCCAAGGACAAAAAGACAGAUGAAAUAGUGGCGCUGAAGAGGCUAAAGAUGGAGAAGGAGAAAGAGGGCUUUCCCAUCACCUCUUUGAGAGAGAUCAACACCAUCCUGAAAGCGCAGCAUCCCAACAUCGUUACCGUGAGGGAGAUUGUCGUGGGGAGUAACAUGGACAAGAUCUACAUCGUGAUGAACUAUGUGGAGCAUGACUUAAAGAGUCUGAUGGAGACCAUGAAGCAGCCCUUUCUGCCAGGUGAGGUGAAAACCCUCAUGAUCCAGCUGCUGCGAGGGGUACGGCAUCUCCACGACAACUGGAUCCUCCACCGCGACCUGAAGACCUCCAACCUGCUGCUCAGCCACAAGGGCAUCCUGAAGGUGGGAGACUUCGGCCUGGCGCGAGAGUACGGCUCACCGCUCAAACCCUACACGCCGGUGGUGGUGACGCUGUGGUACCGUUCCCCUGAGCUGCUACUAGGUGCUAAGGAGUACUCCACAGCUGUGGACAUGUGGUCCGUCGGCUGCAUAUUUGGAGAGCUCUUGACCCAGAAGCCUCUCUUCCCUGGAAAAUCUGAAAUCGACCAAAUCAACAAAAUUUUUAAGGAUCUGGGCUCCCCCAGCGAAAAGAUCUGGCCGGGUUACAACGAGCUGCCCGCGGUGAAGAAGAUGACCUUCACCGAGUACCCCUACAACAACCUGCGGAAGCGUUUCGGGGCACUGCUGUCUGACCAGGGCUUCGACCUCAUGAACAAGUUCCUCACCUACUGCCCCAGCAAGAGGAUAACCGCAGAGGAGGCCCUGAAGCACGAGUAUUUUCGGGAGACGCCUCUCCCCAUCGACCCCUCCAUGUUCCCCACGUGGCCGGCCAAGAGCGAGCAGCAGCGGGUGAAGAGAGGGACCAGCCCGCGGCCCCCCGAGGGGGGGCUUGGCUACAGCCAGCUGGGUGACGACGACCUGAAGGACACGGGGUUUCAUCUCACAACCACCAACCAGGGAGCCUCCGCCGCCGGGCCAGGGUUCAGCCUCAAGUUCUGAUCCGGUUCUGUUCCGUCACAGCCCGGAUUACAGUUAUUUUGAGCAGACUGACUAGACAGAAAGGGAUCCGGAGUUACCAAACGGUUUCCUCCCCCGCCCACACCCAACCCACCCAAUCACUGCGCAGGGGGGACGCUGGGACGCCCAAUCAGUGACCAGCGCUUUGAAAGGGGGCCGUACAGACGACAGGGACCUCUUGCCUUGUUUGAGAGAGGAUGCGAGGGACAGUUGUCCAGAGAGCACGAGACAAAACGAAAUGUGAUUUCUCCCGUAUUCCUGGAAAUGCCCGGAUUGGGGUGUGUACGGAUCACGUUUUUUAACACCCCCAAAUGGAGGCUGUUGUGAAAAUUUCCAUUGUGUUCCCCCCCUCCUCAUUGGUCAUUCCUACCUGCUGGUCUCUUUAGUUCUGUAAACUACUUCCUAAUUUCGCUGUAUUAGGUUUAUCGCUCUUGUGCAGAUGUAUUGAAAGAACAAACCAAAAGACAGAAAUGGCAUUGUGGGACUGUUUAGUUCUUAUUUUGUCUCUCCUUUUUCAGCUGUAGGUUGGGGGGAUGCCGUUUACUGGAGAGUUCUGUGAUUUUGAGUUAUUGUUCUUUUUUUUAGCACUGAAAUAAAAUGGUCUUCUUCAGUAGAAUAGUUUCAUUUCUGCUUCAGCUGACUACACAACUAUAUUGGCUG